AGAGAGAGAGAGAGAGAGAGAGAGAGAGAGAGAGAGAGAGAGAGAGAGAGAGAGAGCAGUAGGAAGGACUCGGAAAAACGGCAUACUGCAACCUCAUGCUCUCGUAAAGCUCUGGCGAACCGGCACCACUGAAACAGAAUAAGAUCCACCAUCGGGAACAACGAUACAAGGUCAUCCCGAAGAAGAGAAAUAACGGAUGAUAAUAGGGAAUAGUUCGGGCUACUUUAUUUAUUUACAAGUCCUCAAAGGUAGAAACAGUCGCGGUUCAGUCUAUGAAAGAUUAACUAGCAAUAUAUUUAGCAUAGAAUAAUGUCGAACUCCAACAUAUGAGGGUUAUUAAAGCUUCUGCCAAACAGACAGAGUGAAACUUUAAAGCAGCAGGACUGAAGCGAUUGAGCCGAACGGAAAUGGAACCGCAGUUGAUUUGCUGUGAAGUGGAUAGUUUUCGAAGGGCCUACCUCGACAGCAACUUGCUCAAUGAUAGAGUUCUACAUGCGUUGUUACGAGCAGAGGACUACUAUCUACCAGCCACCAACUAUUUCAAAUGCGUCCAAAAAGAAAUCGCACCGUACAUGAGAAGAAUAGUUUCGACUUGGAUGUUAGAGGUGUGUGAGGAGCAGAAGUGCGAGGAGGAUGUCUUCCCACUGGCCAUGAACUACUUGGAUCGCUUCCUCUCUGUGGAGCCCACCAAAAAGGGACACCUUCAGCUGCUGGCAGCCGCCUGCAUGUUCCUGGCCUCCAAGAUGAGGGAAACCAUUCCUCUGACCGCCGAGAAGCUUUGCAUAUACACAGACAACUCUAUCUCACCCGGGCAGCUGCGGCAAAUGGAGCUGCUGGUUCUGACCAAACUGAAGUGGGACCUGGCUUCUGUGACGCCACUGGAUUUCCUCGACCUCUUCAUGUCCCGGCUGCCAAUAAGAACAGAGAACAGGCCCAUUCUCAGGAAGCACGCUCAGACCUUUGUGGCCCUCUGCGCUACCGAUGUCAAGUUCAUCGCCAGCCCCCCCUCCAUGGUUGCCGCGGGCAGCCUGGUGGCAUCAGUGAAGGGCUUGCAGAUGAGGAUUGUGGGUAAUGCCAUGACAGAACAGAAUCUGACAGAGAACCUGGCGCAGAUCAUCAGAAGUGAUCCGGACUGUUUGAGGGCAUGUCAAGAACAAAUUGAGUCUCUGUUUGAAAUGAGCCUAUGCCAGGCCCAACUACAGACUCAGCAGCCCCACUCGGGAACCACGGCAACCAAGGGUGUGAUGGACGGGGAGAGCCAGGAGCUUUCGGCCACGCCCACCGACGUGCGGGACGUCAACAUCUGAUCGGACGCCGUCUCUCGGUGACAGAGUUUCCACGGAUACGGAUCAUUGGGAGAAGAAGAGUGGGAUGGAGAGAGACGUUUGGACUUCUAAAACUAGGUUAAUCUUUUCUAUCUCAGGCACACGUAAAAGUGCAGGGAAAGGAUUCACUCAAUUGUUUUGAUACAACCUCUCUCCGUUCUCGCCCCUCCCUAAGAGAGCCACCGCAAAGACAAAUAUACGUUGACAAAAAGUAAUGUUAUGGAAUUAUAGAGUCCGAGAGAGAGGUCAUCCUCCUCUGUCAUGAGUUUCUCCUAUUUAUCCAUGCGAGCAGUUCGAACUAUGUGUGUUAGAAAAAACAAUAGCCAUAUGGACUGGUAAAACGAAGAAAAUGACGAAGAGGAGGAAGAACGAAGACAUCGAUGCCAGCCGCAUCGCAGACGCCACUGAAGAACCAGACAUUGGUCUGCUUGGCAGUACAAAGAUUAAGCUAAAAGAGAGAAGGACUUUUAUUUUGUAUUUUCGGAUCAGGUGGUUCUGUACACCUGCUGUAUAAUAGAGAGUGUGCAGACUUGGCCAGUAGUGUUUGGCAUUACGAGGUAAUGUGAGCGUGGAAGUGGAUGAAAGAUUAAAAAAAAUAUAACUGCCGUGGAAUAUAAAGAAAAAAACGCAAAAAUAAAAAUAACAAUGAAGCCUUAGUUUAUUGAUUAUCGUUAGAUUUAUUCAAGGCCUUGGGUACAAAAAUAGAGCUUUUGUAAUGGAUGACAGGUGAUGGAAACCUUGCUAUUUUGAGAUGUUAUCCGCGCAUGAAAUUGUUUAUGACUUGUAUCCGUGUAUGUAUGAUGAUGAAGAUGUGUUCUGGACUUUGUAAACACUACCAGGUUGAAAAGUACAUUCCUAUGUUUACCUCAGAACACAAGGAAAUAUAUGUAUUUUUACAUUGAAAUUUUGGCCUGUGCAUUUUUUUCUUUUAUUUACUCAUUUUUUUAAAAUGGGUAUCAUGGACUGAACAUCGCAAGAAUAAGAUGGGAGUGGUCACUCUAAAGUUCUGAUGAUUCUGAUGAUGAAUACACCAGGGUAAAUACAGGAAAUGUUUAACCCCUAGAGUGCUCAAUGGCACAACUGCGGUCAAAGGGACAGUAUGAAAUUGCCAUGGAUUUACUACCUUUUAUUAAAUUGAGCCGAAAAAAUUAAUCAAAGUUGGGUGAGCAAAAAAGGAAAUGUCAUAAUUGGACAGACCGAGUACAGACCGAGAAGUAAUCACUACCAAACUAUGAGGUUGUGUUAUCUUUUUAAUGUGCUGAUACAACCUAGAGGGGCAUGUGAUUGGGUCAGACUCUUUGAGCCACUGUUAAAAUUAGUUUCACCUGAAUGUGCAUUAUUGGAUGGGGAAGCACCAUGUGUUGUUUCGAUUGAUAAGUUGACCUCAGUCUUUGGAAUGCUCUAGAGAGGAGCACAAUUGCCUCAGCUCUCUUACCAUAUAUUAGCUCAACUGUGUUUGCAAAAGUAUGCGAAGCAAAACAUAUAAUUAAUGCUCAUCGUAGCACUCAUCUGCUCAGAGAAAAGCUCAGAACUUGAGGAGGCUAAAGCAAUGGUUUUCAAACCUGUUAUGUGUACGCUCAUUCUUUUUUUGAACUAUCUAAGAUUAAUGCAAAUAAACACAUGCCAUCAUUUUCUAAA